GCCUGCACCCUCCCUACUCCUGCAGGGUUUGGGAUCCCAGGGCCUGCAGGGUGGUGCCUGAGGCUUAGGGAGGGACCCAAAGAUUUUCACAGCCUGUGGGAAUAUAAACUCGGACAGUCUGGGCUGGAGCUGGUACCCUGGGGUAACAGCCUCGUUAGGUGCUGUCACUGUCUCAGCCCCCACACCUGGUGCCCCGCACACAACACCACCCCAGACAUGCAGGGAGCCCGGGCGCUUCUGCUGCUGCUGCUGCUGCUGCUGCUGGCCCUGACGCUACGGCCGACCCACGGCAUCAUCCCAGUGGAGGAGGAGAACCCGGCCUUCUGGAACCAAAAAGCAAACGAGGCCCUGACGGCUGCUAAGAAGCUGCAGCCCAUUCAGACGGCGGCCAAGAACCUCAUCCUCUUCCUGGGGGACGGGAUGGGGGUGCCCACAGUGACCGCCACCAGGAUCCUGAAGGGGCAGAUGCAGGGCCAGCCUGAGCCAGAGACUCCACUGGCCAUGGAUCAGUUCCCGUACCUGGCGCUGUCCAAGACGUACAACGUGGACAGACAGGUGCCAGAUAGUGCGGGCACAGCCACGGCCUUCCUGUGCGGGGUCAAAGGCAACUACCAGACCAUCGGCCUGAGCGCGGCUGCCCGCUUCAACCAGUGCAACACAACUCGGGGCAACGAGGUCCUCUCCGUGAUGCACCGGGCCAAGAAAGCAGGGAAGUCUGUGGGAAUUGUGACCACCACCAGGGUCCAGCACGCCUCACCGGCCGGCACCUACGCACACACCGUGAACCGCAACUGGUAUUCGGAUGCUGACAUGCCCGCCUCAGCGCGCCAGGAGGGCUGCCGGGACAUCGCCACGCAGCUCGUCUCCAACGUGGACAUUGACGUGAUCCUGGGCGGGGGCCGGAAAUACAUGUUCCCCAGGGGGACCCCAGACCCCGAGUACCCGAAUAACACCGCCCAGGCAGGGACCAGGCUGGAUACGAAGAACCUGGUGCAGGAGUGGCUGUCGAAACACCAGGGCUCUCGGUACGUGUGGAGCCGCGCAGAGCUCCUGCAGGCGUCCCAGGACCCGGCCGUGACCCGCCUCAUGGGCCUCUUUGAGCCCGUGGACAUGAAAUACGAGAUCUACCGAGACCCUGAGCUGGACCCCUCCCUGGCGGAGAUGACAGAGGCAGCCGUGCGCGUGCUGAGCAGGAACCCCGACGGCUUCUACCUCUUCGUGGAGGGGGGCCGCAUCGACCACGGCCACCAUGAGACCAUAGCCUACCGAGCACUCACUGAGACAGUCGCAUUCGACGCUGCCAUCAACAAGGCGGGCCAGCUCACCCGCGAGCAGGACACCCUGACCCUCGUCACCGCUGACCACUCCCACGUCUUCACGUUUGGGGGCUACACCCUGCGGGGGACCUCCAUCUUCGGGCUAUCACCUGAGAAGGCCAAAGACGGCAAGGCCUACACUUCCAUCCUGUACGGAAAUGGCCCAAACUUCAAGAACCCCCGGCCAGAUGUCACUGCCCAGGAAAGCAGUUCCCUCACCUACCGGCAGCAGGCGGCCGUGCCCCUGGACUCCGAGACCCACUCUGGGGAGGACGUGGCGGUGUUCGCGCGUGGCCCACAAGCGCACCUCAUGCACGGCGUGCAGGAGCAGAACUACAUCGCCCACGUCAUGGCCUUCGCCGGCUGCCUGGAGCCCUACACCGCCUGCGGCCUGCCGCCGCCCAGCCGGAGCAGUGACCAGAGCGAUGACAGGAGCAGCGCUGCCCCUGGCCUCUCGCUGUCUCUGGCCUGGACACUGGUGCUGCUGCUGCUGGGGACCAUGGCACUCUGAGUGUCCACAGCUCCACCCCACACCCCCACCAGGAGGCCCCGCAGCACAGCACUGUACUCUCCACACCCAGUGUCCACGGAGGCAGCUCUGGGACUGCAGUUCCAGACCACAGUCCCUGCACCCCAACACAGGAGAGGGUGCGGACCAGCCACUCUGCCUGACUGGCUCACCUCGGUGAGCUGGCACUGGGCACUGAUUAGGAGCAAGGAUUCCCCGCCCUCCAGGCUGCCAUUCUCCUGUGAACACAAAGCAACAAUAAAC